CUGAGCUGAGCUGGGCGGAGAGGAAGCGCGCCCGCCACAGCCCCGAGUCCCGCCGCCUUCCCCGCCGCCGCGCGGGCCAGCGGCCACCGCCCAACCAUGGAACCGGACAACAGCCCUCGGAAGAUCCAGUUCACGGUCCCGCUGCUGGAGCCGCACCUUGACCCCAAGGCAGCGGAGCAGAUUCGGAGGCGUCGGCCCACCCCUGCUACACUCGUGCUGACCAGUGACCAGUCAUCCCCAGAGAUAGAUGAAGACCGGGUCCCCAACCCCCUUCUCAAGUCCACUUUGGCCAUGUCUCCACGGCAACGGAAGAAGGUGACGAGGACCACACCUACAAUGAAAGAGCUUCAGAUGAUGGUUGAGCAUCACCUGGGGCAACAGCAGCAGGGAGAGGAGCCUGAGGGAGCCGCUGAGAGCAAAGAGACCCAAGAGACCUGCCCACCUGAGACCACAGACACAGAAGCGGAGUCAAGACUGGGCGCCUCUGGGAAAGCACAAAAGCUUGCAGAAUCCACUCCAAAAACUCAGGAGCGGGGCAGUGAGAAACCCAGCACAGAAGAACUCUCACCCCAUAUACCACCACUGGGUUCCCAGGGAGCCCACUCGCAGGUCUGAGGAUGAAGGAGAGAUCCUGGGUACAAGCCUGCAGCUGGGAGUGCGUGGACACUGGAUUUGUUUCUUAUUUCUUCACUUUGGGGAAAAUCUCAUUUUUAAAAAGUGAUAAAUUUGGUGUUAGAUCCUU